UCACAAUCAAGCAAGUACGUGACGUGUUUAGAAAAUUGACAGCGCCGCACUUGUACUUAAGACGAGGAAAAGGUUCUAUUCCGUGAAAAUGCACAUGCUUCGCAGGGACAAGAAGGAAGAAGAAGAUGGUGGUGGAAAUCCAUUCUACAAUCUGGACAAGACCAGUGUCCUUCAGGAGGCCAGGACAUUCAAUGAAACCCCCAUCAACCCACGGAAAUGUGGCCUAAUUCUCACCAAGCUACUCUACAUGAUCAACCAGGGAGAUCAGACCAUUGGAAGCACUGAGGCGACAGAGGCUUUUUUUGCAAUGACCAAACUCUUUCAGUCCAAGGAUCAAACAUUGAGAAGACUGAUGUACAUGGGUAUCAAGGACAUGUCCAAGAUUGCAAAUGAUGUCAUCAUUGUUACCAGCAGCUUGAUGAAGGAUAUGACAGGGAAAGAUGACCAGUUCCGCGGACCAGCCAUCAGGGCGCUCUGCUCCAUCACUGAUACAACUAUGUUGCAAAGUAUUGAGCGCUACAUGAAGCAGGCAAUAGUUGACAAGAACCAUGCUGUGGCUAGUGCUGCCCUUGUCUCCUCUCUGCACUUGAGCAAAGGAAGUCAGGAUGUGACAAAGCGCUGGGUGAACGAGGCCCAAGAAGCUGUCUCCUGUGAUAACAUCAUGGUUCAGUACCAUGCCCUGGGCCUGCUGUACCACAUCCGGAAGCAUGACAAGCUGGCGGUGACAAAGCUGGUUAGCAAGUUCAGCAAGCACUCCCUCAAGUCUCCAUAUGCCUACUGCCUGCUGAUCCGUAUUGCAAGCAAGCUAAUAGCAGAUGAGGAUGCUGGAUCGGAAAGUCCGAUGUUUGAGUUCAUAGAAAGUUGUCUUCGUCACAAGAAUGAGAUUGUGAUCUACGAGGCGGCCCAGGCUAUGGUGAACAUUAAGGGAAUCACAGCAAAGGAGCUUGCCCCUGCUGUGUCGGUCCUUCAGCUGUUUUGUAGCUCACCGAAGCCUACUCUGAGAUUUGCUGCGGUCAGGACUCUGAAUAGGGUUGCCAUGAAGCACCCAGCAGCAGUGACAGCUUGCAACCUGGACCUGGAGAAUCUCAUCACAGACACAAACCGCAGCAUUGCCACGCUCGCUAUCACCACUCUCCUCAAGACUGGAAGUGAGAGCAGUGUGGAUCGCCUGAUGAAGCAGAUCUCCUCGUUCAUGUCAGAAAUCUCGGAUGAGUUCAAGAUCGUCGUUGUCCAUGCCAUCCAGUCCCUGUGCCUGAAGUAUCCACGCAAACAUGGCGUGAUGAUGAACUUCCUGUCCUCCAUGCUUCGUGAUGAGGGAGGCUUCGACUACAAGAAGGCCAUUGUGGACAGCAUCAUUACCAUCAUUGAGGACAACUCUGAAGCCAAGGAGGCUGGUCUCGCUCACCUCUGCGAGUUCAUUGAGGAUUGUGAGCACACCGUUUUGGCCACGAAAAUUCUUCACCUGUUGGGACGGGAAGGCCCACGGACACCGACUCCAUCUAAGUAUAUCCGGUUCAUCUAUAACAGAGUCAUACUGGAGAAUGCCGCAGUGCGUGCAGCAGCUGUUACAGCUAUGGCGAAGUUCGGUGCACACUGUGACGAGUUGCUGGACAGCUGUAUUGUUCUUCUUGAGAGAUGCCUCCUUGACUCUGAUGACGAAGUUCGUGACAGGGCCACCUUCUAUGUAAAUGUCUUGAUGGAAAGACAGAAGGCCCUGAACUCGGCAUACAUUCUUAAUGGUCUGCAGGUGUCUGUGGUGGGCCUGGAGCGUGCCCUGCACCAGUACACCCUUGAGCCCGUCGAGAAACCCUUUGACCUCAAGACCGUGCCCCUCGCCACCCAGCCUAUCACCGAGCAGAGGCCACUUGCUGGAGGCAAGGAGCCUGGUGACUCGGUAUCGGCCAAAGCCUCGGACAAGGUGGCUUCCUCUCGCCAAGACGUGUAUGCAGAGCAACUGGCAGCCAUACCAGACUUUGCCAACCUGGGCCCACUGUUCAAGUCCUCUAGCUUGCCUGUGGAGCUGACCGAGUCGGAGACGGAGUAUGUGGUCCGCUGUGUGAAACAUGCUUACUCCAGAUACAUGGUCUUCCAGUUUGACUGCACAAACACGCUGAAUGACCAGGUGCUGGAGAAAGUGGUGGUUCAUAUGGAGAAUACGGACGAAUUCGAAGUCCUCAAGUACAUACCCUGUCCCAGUCUGCCCUAUGACACCCCAGGCACCACCUACACUCUGGCCAGGCUGCCUGAAGAUGCCACCUCAGUGACUGGGACAUUCAGUUGCACCCUGAAGUUUGUUGUGAAAGAUUGUGAUCCGAACACUGGUGAGGCUGAUGACGAGGGAUAUGAUGAUGAAUAUGUGUUGGAGGACGUGGAGGUGUCUGUAGCUGACCAUGUACAGAAGGUGAUGAAGCCCAACUUUGCCGCGUCCUGGGACGAGGUCGGCCCUGAUAAUGAGAUGGAGGACACAUUUGCUCUUUCCACCAUGAAGACUCUUGAAGAUGCUGUGAAAAAUAUAAUCCAAUACCUGGGAAUGCAGCCAUGUGAGCGAUCUGACAAGGUGCCAGAGGGUAAAAGUUCACACUCCCUGUUUUUAGCGGGCGUGUUCCGUGGUGGACAUGAUGCUUUGGUUAGAGCCAAACUUGCCAUGGCAGAUUCCGGCGUCACCAUGCAACUGACAGUGCGGUCUACAGAUCCUAGUGUCUCUGAAGUUUUGGUGUCUGCCAUUGGUUAAAAUUGUAAAAUUACAUGUCGGAUCCAUAGAAAAAUGUUUGUGAAAGGAACUGUAUUCUCUGAUCUAUGUAAUUUGUUGAUUAUUAUUUAUAUAUGGUUUCCUUAUGUGUAAAUGAGAGAUGGUGAAAACCCAACACACUAGUUAUUUAUAAUUAUUUCAUUUUGACUUCAAAUUCAUUGCUGUAAACAAUUGUGUUUGUGUAGUAUCAAUCAUUAUGUGUGAAAGCUUUGAAGUUUUAAAAUUCUUACACAAGUCAUUCACACUUCAUAAGAUAUUUGAACAAAACAAGUGUUUUUUUAUGAUCAAGUUAUGUUGCCUGCAACCAAAUAUUAAAAGUGCAUGUUAAACAAAACUCCCAUCUGUUGGAAAAUAUUAUCCUGCUUAAAAAGUUAUGCUUCCAUUAAAACCAUAAAUUGUUUGACCUCUGUCAAAUGUGUGAUUGAAAUAAAUGGAUGACAAGCA